AUGGCGGACGAUGAAUUAAACGAUGAUUCUGACGAAGCUCAAAAGAAGGAAAGUUCUCAAAAGAAAGUUGCGAAACAUGACAGUGGAGCAGCAGAUUUAGAAAAAGUAACAGAUUAUGCUGAAGAAAAAGAAAUUUCAUCGUCUGAUGACUUUUCGGCAUUAAAGUUUAUAGGAGAUAAAAGAACUAAAGAAGUAGAAGAUAAAAUAGCGAGAGAAAGAGAAUUGGCAAAAGUUUCAAUUAAGAAAGAAGAUGUUUGUUUAAUUGUUCGAGAAUUGGAAAUAUCGAGAACAGCUGCUGAAAGAUCACUCAGGGAACAUCAGGGAAACUUAGUUAAUGCUCUGGCAGCACUCACUCAAUAA